UAAUCAAUUGCAAGCUCACCAGCCAAGACCGCAUAGCCAGCGCCAGUUGCAAAAAGGUCCCAAAUAUUAAUCAAAAAACGAAAAGAAAAAAAAAAAAAACAAUAUAUAUAUACCAAUUUGAAAAAGAAAGAAAAAACAAAGUUUGAAAUCGUAUAAAAGCAUAACUAUUGUAUUUAAACAACAAGCGAAAGAAAAGCGUUUUCGUACUCGCCGCCGUUGCUACCCGUCGCCGUCGCACCAAACAUCCUCCUUUACACUUUGCUAUCAACAACAAAAUGUGGCAGCCGAGUACACAGCAUUUCCUGGCGCUGAUCUUCUGCAGCGCCGUCUGCCUGCUUAGCGCAAGUCCUCUUCCAUUGCCCGCUGGCAAUCAGGAAUUGGAUGUUCUGCAAAUUCCCCUAGGUAACGGAAAGGAAAUCGAUGUCUUGACACUUGGCGCCAAAGAUCAAGAUCAGUUGAUAGCCGAUCGCAACAAGAGAACAAUUGGACUGCUGCGCGAGCUGUUUCCGGACAUAACAAAGAACGGCGCAACCGAUACGAAAAUCGAUCUGUCGGCGAUCAACAAACAACUCGAGGAGACCAUUCGUGUGGCACGGCAGGUGAAAGAGGCUGAGGCAGCGGCCGCUGCCGCCGCCCAAUCCUCUGGCUCGCCCAUCGCCCAGGCGCCCAUUCCCCUCAAGUCCAACGAGCCCAUCCAGCUGAGCUUCAACAACGAGCUGUCCUCGGUCAGCGGCAACAGCGGCGCCAGCACCGGCAGCAGCAGCAGCAUCGGAGCCACCGAUGUCAAGGCUCUCAACACCAACGAUCUCCAGCUGUCCGAGUCAAAGUCUCCGGCCAUAGACGAGCUGUCCUUGGACUCCGUGGAAGACACGGCCGACCUGGAUGAUCGCAACAAGAGUAAUAUAUUCAAAAGGUUCCUGAGCUUCGGUGGUGCCGGCCUGGCCGGUGGCUCCAGCGGCGGCGGUGCGGGCGCCUCGCCCAGCGGCAACAGCCUGGGCGGCGGCGCCGGAGGCUCCGGCAACUUCCUCCUGGACGUGGUGCGCCUCUUCUCAGGCAGCGUGCAGACCCAGCAGGGCGACGAGGCCGCCAACUCGGUCAGCGGCGGCGCCAGCAGCAGCAGCGGCAGCAGCACGGACGACACGGAUGCUGGCAGCGACAGCACGCGCACCGCUGACGGCUACACCGAGGGCAUUCCCGGCCCCGUGACGCGUCUCGUUGUCCUGGCCAAUCGAGGACUGGCCAACCUGGUGCAAGACUUGAUACUGCGCGUCGCCGCCACGAGCGAGAAGUUCGUGAACUUCAAGGCCAAAUUGAUAACGGCCCUGAUAUAAGCCAGCUUGUUGAUCCUUGGCCAACUCCUCACGGCCCUGCCUUAGUCAAGUCAACCCAAUUGUACAGAGUCAACGCAGCCAGCUGCACCACGCCCACAUUUCUACACACACAAUUACACACACACACAUACACACACACACACACACACAAAUGCAACACGCGCGGAGAACGCACACUUGAUACUCGUCCACUCGUCCAUCACAUUAACGUUGUUGUGUUCUUUUAUUUGACAAUGGAAAACAAUUUACAAUCUUUAGCGAAAUUUCUAUUUCUUAUAUUAAUACAUACACACACAUAUAUAUAUAUACAUAUAUAAAUAUAUCUCCAAUUCAACGCUCUGAGUAGAGAAAAAUGUUUAUCAAAAUUUACAAUACAAAAAGUGAAAAAGGAAAACUUUUUAUUUAUUUUUUUUUUUACACGAAAAUCGAAGAAGAAGUAAAUCACACACACACCCACAUACAUAAAUACGAUAUGAAUGAAAACAAAAAAAAAACGAUCUUGCUUUCUGUUUCUUCCAAACUUUUGCUCUCGCUUCACUUUUGUAAAUAUUUUGCUAUCCUAACUUAGUUUAAACGUUCGCGAUUUCCAUCCACUCCCCCAAGAAUGUCCCACUCCAUAUAUACAUACAUAUAUAUAUUUUUUGAUUACUAAAAGACGAAAACAAAAUCAUGACUGUGGUGUUUUAUUUACUAUUAUUUUUAAAAACAUAUAAUUUUAUGUAGAAAAUACCAAUUUCCUUCACACACAAUAUAUAUAUAUAUUUUUUUUUUAUAAUUUUUUUUUCGCUUUACCUCUUUGCCUUAAUUAUCAAGUAAUUAAACGAAAUUUUCGAAACGCAAAUUCAUAAAAACAUUCUCAAUUCUUGAACAAGUCAAUCAGGAUAUGUUUAUACGGAUACACGAAGAACAAGAAGAAGAAAACUAUUUUAAAUGCAAACUGUUCUAAACCUAUUUACCGUUUUUAUUUACACGUAAGCAAAUGUGUUUCUAUGAUUUUUAACAGUUUAAGUAAAAUUUUACAUGUAUAUAAAAUAAAAAAGUUUACUUAAAAUA